ACCCUCACUCUCAUCAAACAACAUAGUUUCCCUGUGAAAGAAAGGAAGGAAGAAAGAAAGGGGACAGAGGGGAAGGGAGCCGCAGGAAAGGGGAAGGGAGAAGAAGAGGAAGGCAGCGCGGUGGGUGUCACUGCCACCGCCGCCGCCGUUGUUGGCAAGGGAUGGAGGAGAUCCGAGAGGGAAGGAGACCGCCGGUGAAGAGAGGAGCCCGUGCCAUCCUCGCGAAACGCCAUUGCCGCCGCACCAUCGAGAGUCGCGAGGAGAGGAAGGCGUCGCCGUUCCGUGUAGCCGCGCCAACAUUGCCGUCAGGGUCUUCUUCGCCGCCGUCCUUGCUCGUCAUUUCCCUUGGAGUCAUUGCCCUUGAUCCUUGCCCCUGUCGCCGCCGCGAGUCGCUAACAAGGAUCGGAGCUGAGGGAGGGGACAGUGUAAGGAGGGGGAGUUGUUGCUGCCGAAGACGCGAGCUAAAGGAGCUGCCUUCAGCCGCCGCCGUUGCGCCAGUCGUCGCCGUGUGCUGUCACUGCUGCGUGUGCCACCGCCGCCACCUCUGGUCUGUCACCGUUGAGCAGAUCUGCGAAGAGAGAGAGAGAACCUGGGAAGAGGCCGCUGCCGGAGGAGAAACCAAUCUCACCGCCGUGCCUGGCCGCCGGAAAACCUCGCUGCCGUCGCCGGAAAAUUCUGCCGGUAAGGAUUUAAGUUGGUCUUCGUUUCCUUUGGAUUUUCGGAAGCUUCAUUGUCAUUGUAUGAUUGGUUUCAGUUACCGUCGCCGGAGAUCUGGUUGCUGCCGCCACUUGAGGUGGUUGCCGGGGUUGCCAGCAAACCAGUUCAGCUAUCACCGCUGUUUCGUUUUCUUAGUUUGGUUGGGUCCUGAUGAUUGUGUGUCGCAUAAGUGUUGCUGUGACUGCUGUGCCGUUCCUUUUCUUUCUGAAUUAGUAUCCGAGCUUAUAUACGUGGCGUUGAGGCUGUUUCUGCUAUUGAGAAAAAUAAGCGGAGCUGGAAUGUUGGUUGUUGGUUUCGGGCCGAGACGAAAGGCUUUCCUGUGACGCGUUUAGUUCAUGUAUUCGACGA